AUGCGGCGCUUUCUAGUACUCGCCUUUCUGUUUUGCGUUCACGUGCGAGUUUGCGAGGGCGCGAACGACUUGUACGGUGCCCUAGGACUCGAACGGGGGGCGGGUGCGGGAGAUAUUAAGAAAGCGUAUCGUUCCCUAUCGCUCAUUUACCACCCAGAUAAGCAAAGAAACGUUGACGACGUCGAGAAAGCGAAGGCUGGCGAACGGUUCGUUGAGAUACAAAAGGCUUACGCAGUGUUGUCGGAUGAAGAAAGUAAACGCGUGUACGAUUUGCAGAUAUAUUUGGACGAAUCUGAAACACAAACGAAUCAAGGUGCUGGGUUCCGCGGACGUGGCACCUGGGACUCGGGAUCAACGCAAGAAGGCCUUCGACAGCAAAGCGGCUUCCAAGAGGCGGAACUGAUUGCUUCUGAAACCACUUUGUUGAACGAAAAGAACAUCGAAAAACUCGUUUUCAGGAGCCAAAAGACGUGGUUAAUACAAAUAUACGAUGAUGCGAGCGAUUCAUGCCACAGAGCGGGGCCAGUAUGGGAGCAGGCUUCGAGGAUGACCAACGGCGUGGCAAACUUUGGACGGGUAAACACUCUCACAUCGCCUCGGCUCGUGCAAUUGUUAGGGAGCAGUGGCUUAUUUUCUCGUCCCAUUCGUCGAUCAGACCUACCCGUUAUUGUUGGUGUACGUCCAAAUUGUCGGCAUUACUCUUGCAUCAAAAGAUAUCGCGGUAGUAUUAAGGUGAACUUACUCCUGUCCUUUGUCGGCAAGAAAAUGCUGACGUUACCAGAUCUUGUUGCCAUCACCCCAAACGAUGUGCAAUCGAUGACUUCCUAUGAAGAUAAGGUAAAAUUUGUGUACGUUUCUUCUAAACGACCGCCAUUGAUGGUGCGAUACUUGGCUGAAGAGUACAGCGCGGAUGUCGACGUUGUAUGGGUAGACUACGAGACUGGUGACACCAAAUUUUGGGAACAGGAUUUGGGCGUAAAGAAGGAACCCGCGAUGAUCAUCUUCAGGGAUUUCGACCGCACUGUCGUCGACAAUGUGAACUCGAAAGAUAAAAUACGGCUAACUUUAGCCCAGUAUAGAUUUCAAGUCAUUCCUAGACUAACCGCGUCCAAUGCUCAUGGAGUCGGUUGCGAGCCGGGGGGAUUGACGAGAGUGUGUUUCGUAGCGGUCGGCAGUAAAAGGAGCCCGUCUUUUGUGCGCUUAAUGCAAGAGCUUGCUAACGUUAGAAGUAGUGGUAAGUUAUCUUUGACGGAAGAUGAAGUGGCUUUCGGAUGGAUUGAUGGAUUGCGAAAUAAAAAAUUUGUCAAGACGUUUGCAAAUGGAACGCAAUUAGUCGCCCUUAUGUUUCACCGCGGUAAACGUGGGCACGUAUAUUACGAUCAGCUGAAAGAUUGGAGCACUCGUGACACACUCGUGGCAUGGAUAUCUCGCGUCUUGUCGGCACUAUUUUUGCGAUUGUUGCCGCUGGGUGGUUCAGAGUUUUGGUGA